CAGGUGACCUUCAAAUGGCCACCAGCAGACAAAGCACAGGCGCCUGGCCAACUCUCUCUCUAAAAAAGACUUUCUCUCUCUAAAAACUCUUUCAGAUCUCUUCCUCCUCCAUGCUCCUCCCUCCCUAGCCACCAUCGCCACCACAGCCGCCCCCGUUCACUUUUUUUUUCGAUCCCAAUUUUGCCCCCAACCAUCUCCAUAAUUUCCCAAAUUCACCAACCAUGAAUGACUUCUCAGGCCUCUUAGCGCCCGAUUUCGGAUACAAAUCCCAAUCCAAAUCGGCCCCAAUGUCCUCCUCCAAGCCCAGUUCCCGCGGACCCACCAGAUCGCCUUGGAACGCCGCUCCGGACGACUCCGAUUCGCUCUUCUCCUCCUCAUCAGAUGGCCGUGCAGCGCCAUCGUCGUCGAUCAAUUUCGAUUCGAUUUUUGGUGGGUCAUCCGGGUCGGGAGCCAAAGCAACGUCGUCGCCUGUUUACGAUAAGCCGGUUUACGAUGAUGAUAUUUUCGAUGGGGUGCCGGGGCUGAAGACCUCGGGUUCGGUGAACUACGAUGCGUUUUCGACUGUUUCGGGAUCGAAGCAGAAGCAAAACGAUGCGUUUGAUGAUCUUCUUGGGGGUUUUGGGAGGAAGGAUCCGGAGCCGAAGAGAUCCGGAAAUGUCGAGGAUGUUGGGUCUGGAUUUGAUGAUUUGCUUCAUGGGUUUGGUCGGAUUAGUCCUCCAAGUAAUAGGCCGACAACGGACAUCAAUUGGGCACCAAAAUCAACUGUUAAUGCUACUGAAACAACCUCCAAUGUGAUUGAAGAUCCGUUUGUUGUUUUAGAAUCAACUUCAACCCCUGCUGUUUCAUCCUCGGUGCUGUUUAGUGAUCCAUUAGAGGAAAUUAGUAAGCUGAGUAAUUCUGGAAGCACCAGAGUUGAUGGUUCAUCUGCUGUUGGUGGGGGAGCAUUUAAUGAUUUAGAUCCCCUUGAUGGCCUUGGAAAAUCUGCAUUUCCAUCUGAGAUGAAUAAGAGGGGAAAGAAUAGGAGUCCUUCGAGCACAGAACCAACAAGUGAGACUCAAACUUUUGCUACUAAGGAACCAAUUGAAAAAUCCUCGGUUGAGGGUCAGGAUAGCCACUCUCAAAAGAAGAUGCCUGCUGAAAAUUAUUGGGAAUCUCAUCAAACCUUGUUUGACAUUCCUACAGUUUCCACAGAUUCUCAUAAAUCUUUCAGUCAGACGCCUUCUCCUCCUUCACAUGUAAAUGCUAGUCCUAAUGAAACAAAUUCCCAGGGAGAGAUGUCUCCUAGAUCUGAAGAGAACUUGUCUUCAUCUGAUGAUGUGUGGCUCGCUGUAUCAGAUAUUCCUCUCUUUACACAACCCACCAGUGCUCCACCACCUUCAAGACCCCCUCCUACAAGACCAACUCAAGUUUCAAGGGCAGAAACAGGUUCUUUUGGUUCCAAUAAUGCAAGAAAGAAGGUUAAUGAGUUUUCUUCCUUCACUAAUUCCUCUCAGUAUUCUCAAAGUCCUAAGUUGACCCGUGGGACAGUGAAGAGCUCGGCUGUGUCUCAAAUCGAUGAACUUGAAGAUUUUGCCAUGGGUAGGACUCAGAAUAAUGUUGAUGGCCAUGCAGAGGGUCUUUAUGGUGAUGAAUUUGAGACAAACUCGGUUGCUGCUGCGUCUGCUGCUGCUAUGAAGGAGGCCAUGGAUAGAGCUGAAGCUAAGUUUAGGCAUGCAAAGGGAGUAAGGGAGAGAGAAAGUGCAAAAGCUUCUAGAAGUAAAGAAGCUGGCCAGUUGGAUAGAGAUGAGAAAGCAAUGCAAGAUGCUCAGGAGAGAGCAAUCAGAGAAAAACAGGAGAGAUUAGAACACGAGCGGCAAGAGAGGGAAAGAGAAGAGGAAGAGAGGGAACAAAGGAGACUUGAGAGAACAAGGGAAAUUGAAAGGGAAAGGGAGGAGAAAGAGAGAGAACAGAGGAGACUUGAGAAGGAGAGGGAGCGAGCAAGGGAGAUUGAGAGGGAAAGGGAAAAGGCCAGACAAGCUGUGGAAAGGGCUACUAAGGAAGCACGUGAAAGAGCGGCUGCUGAAGCUCGCCUAAAGGCUGAAAGGGCUGCUGUUGGGAAGGUAAAUGCUGAAGCUCGAGAGCGUGCAGAAAGAGCUGCAGUUCACAGAGCACAAGCUGAAGCUCGUGAAAGGGCAGCAGCAGAGGCAAAGGAAAGAGCAGAAAAGGCUGCUGCAGAAGCCAGGGAAAGGGCAAAUACUGAAGCAAGAGAGAAGGAAGCACGUGAGAGAGCUGCUGUUGCAAGGGCAGAAGCUGAAGUGCGGCUUAGAACAGAACGAGCUGCUGUUGAAAGGGCUGCGGCAGAGGCUCGAGAAAGGGCUGCUGCUGCUGCUAGAGUGAACCAACAAAAGAAUGAAAAUGAUCUUGAGUCUUUCUUUAGCAUGGGUUCUCGACCAAGCAGUGCGCCAAGGCCUAGAGCUAACUCUUCAGACCCCGUGUUUGAUACCCAAUUUCAGAAUAGGCGUGGGCCUGAAGUGGCAAGAACAGCUGCAAGUGCAUCAUCGACUAUGAGAAAAGCAUCAUCAACAACAAAUAUUGUUGAUGAUCUUUCUUCAAUUUUUGGAGCUGCUCCAUCAUCUGGAGAUUUCCAAGAUGUUGAAGGGGAAAGUGAAGACCGACGGAGAGCCAGGUUGGAACGUCACCAAAGGACUCAAGAGCGUGCGGCAAAAGCACUGGCUGAGAAAAAUCAGCGGGAUCUCCAAGCUCAGAGGGACCAAGCAGAGAGACAUAGAAUUGCUGAAACACUAGAUGUUGAGAUCAAGCGCUGGUCUGCAGGGAAAGAGGGAAAUUUGCGUGCUUUGCUAUCAACAUUGCAAUAUGUACUAUGGCCUGAAUGUGGUUGGCAGCCUGUUUCUUUGACUGAUUUGAUUACUGCUGCUUCAGUUAAAAAAGUUUAUAGAAAGGCCACUUUGUGCAUCCACCCUGAUAAGGUGCAGCAGAAAGGUGCUAAUCUUCAACAAAAGUACAUUGCUGAGAAGGUUUUUGACCUCCUUAAGGAAGCCUGGAACAAGUUCAACUCAGAGGAGCUAUUUUGAAUUCCUUGGAUGAUUUUUCCAUAAGUAUGUCACUUAAAUUGACCAUUUGUUGGGAGGGGAAAAGCAUGCUGUUCCUGAAGAAAUACUACUCUUCUACUGGUAUGGUGCAUUUUGAUUGAUGUUAGAGUUAUGUCGCACGAUGAAGGAACUGUCCCCCCAUCACUGUUGAGAUUCCUGAAUGGUAAAACGCCCUUUGUUUACUGCACACUGUAAAUUGAUGUUUCUCUAGGGGAUAUACGGAUUCAAAAAAUCUCUGCUUGGAAGUUGAAAUGGCUGGCCGAUGUAUAAUAGUGUUACGCUCUUGAUUAGUCUGCGCACAUAUGUUGAAUUUCGAGUCAUCCAUUUGAGUGAAAUGAGAAGUUUGUAUUUGUUAAUUCUUUUUCAUUCCUUCCCUUUUGUUUGUGAUAAGGCUUGAUCCGUUGAAGGAAUUCCAAUGUGUUUAUCGAUAUUAAAAACACAAAAUGUUGACACCCCA